CCAACACUCAUGCUAUCCAAUCUCUAAAUCACACGCCCACCGGCCGCGCCCUGCAAGCCAAGCAACACACUGAAAUGCCACUGCUCUCCCGGGAUUGUCGCUCCCAGCCGCCAAGAUGUCUCCAUCUCCUCCUCCUCCUCCUCCUCCUCUUCUCCCUCUCCCACCCGCCGAUCGCCGCCGCCGGCGGCCGCCAGUACCCAUGCAAGCGCCCCCACAACUCGUACCCCUUCUGCAACGCCUCCCUCCCCGUCGCCACCCGCGCCGGCUACCUCGUCUCCCUCCUCACCCUCGACGAGAAGAUCCAGCAGCUCUCCAACUCCGCCGCCGCCGUCCCCCGCCUCGGACUCCCACCCUACCAGUGGUGGUCCGAGUCCCUCCACGGGCUCGCCCCCAACGGCCCCGGCGUCUUCUUCAACGGCACCGUCCGCUCCGCCACCGUCUUCCCCCAGGUCAUCGUCUCCGCCGCCGCCUUCAACCGCACCCUCUGGCACGCCAUUUCCAGGGCCAUUGCCGUCGAGGCCCGUGCCAUGUACAACGUCGGCCAGGCCGGCCUCACCUUCUGGGCGCCCAACAUCAACAUCUUCCGCGACCCCCGGUGGGGCCGCGGCCAGGAGACCCCGGGCGAGGACCCCAUGCUCACCUCCGACUACGCUGUCGAAUACGUCAGAGGGUUUCAAGGGGAGGACGACGGCGAUCUCGAAGAUAGAAUCGGAAAAUCAAGAAUUUCGGAGGGAUCGCGCCGCCGCCGCGGCGGCGGCGGCGCGGGCGAGAUGAUGGUUUCGGCCUGCUGCAAGCACUACACUGCUUAUGAUUUGGACCAGUGGGAGAAUUUCAGCAGAUAUACCUUCAAUGCUGCGGUGACGAAGCAAGAUAUGGAGGACACGUUUCAGCCGCCAUUUCGGAGCUGCAUCGAGGAAGGCCAUGCCAGCUGCUUGAUGUGCUCUUACAAUCAGGUCAACGGGGUACCUGCUUGCGCUCGGGGCGAUCUCCUGCAGAAAGCUCGAAAAGAAUGGGGGCUUGAGGGGUAUAUAACCUCCGAUUGUGAUGCUGUUGCCAUAAUCUAUGAAGACCAAAACUACACGAAAUCACCUGAAGAUUCCAUUGCUGAUGUGUUGAAAGCAGGAAUGGAUAUCAACUGUGGAACAUAUCUGGUUCGAUACACUGGUCAAGCAGUUAGGUUAGGAAUUGUUCGAGAAGAAGACAUUGACCGCGCAUUGCUCAAUCUAUUCUCCGUUCAGCUACGCCUUGGGCUGUUUGAUGGAAACCCAGCUAAAAAUCGGUUUGGGGAGCUUGGACCCAGUAAUAUUUGUACCAAGGAGCACAGGGAGCUGGCACUGGAAGCUGCAAGGCAGGGCAUUGUACUUCUGAAGAAUGAUAGAAGUUUCUUGCCACUAAGAAAGAAUAAGGUUGGCUCCUUGGCUAUAAUCGGUCCUGCCGGUAAUGACACAAACAUAUUGGGUGGUGAUUACACAGGCGUCCCUUGCCAUCCGACGAGCUUGUUUGAGGGUCUCCAGACCUACGUUGCAGGAACAUCAUUUGCUGCAGGAUGCAUUGAUGUACCAUGUGACUUGAAAGACGGAUUCAAAGCAGCUGUGGCUGUUGCUAGGAAAGCAGAUGUAGUGGUCGUGGUUGCUGGACUGAACCUAACAGAAGAGACCGAAGACCACGAUCGGAUUAGCCUACUGCUGCCUGGGGAGCAGAUGGAUCUCGUAAAUGCUAUCGCCAAGGUGAGUAGGAAACCACUGGUACUGGUCCUUAUGGGUGGCGGACCUGUCGACGUUUCCUUUGCAAAAGACAACCCAAGGAUUGGAAGCAUUCUCUGGAUUGGAUAUCCAGGUGAAGUUGGUGGCCAAGCAGUUGCAGAAGCUCUGUUUGGAGAAUUCAAUCCAGGGGGACGGUUGCCGGUGACUUGGUACCCAGAGUCCUUCACCAAGGUGCCAAUGAAUGAUAUGCAUAUGAGAGCUGAUCCCUCGCGAAGGUACCCGGGACGAACUUACCGAUUCUAUACAGGAGAGGUGGUUUACAGAUUUGGAUAUGGUUUGAGCUAUUCAAGCUAUUCCUACAAGUUCUUCUCAGUGCCUGAGAAAAUUAGUGUGCGAAGUUCAUCAACCGAGGCUUAUAUCAGAAAGGAACCCCAAGAUGCCAGGAGAGAUGGAUUGGACUCCUUGCGCAUUGAUGAGAUCUCAUCUUGCAAGGCUUUAACAUUUUAUGUGCAGAUUUCUGUGAUUAAUGGUGGCAAUAUGGAUGGGAGCAACACUGUCCUAUUGUUCGCAAGAUCGACCGCAAACAUCAAAGGCUCCCCAAAGAAACAGUUGAUUGGAUUCGAGCGUGUGCAUACAACAGCUGGCAGAGCUACUGAAGCUAGGAUCAUGGUGAAUCCCUGCAAGCAUCUGAGCACAGUGAAUGAAGAAGGCCAAUGGGUACUGCCAUUGGGAGCUCAUGUCUUGAUGGUGGAAGAUUUAGAGCAUGUAUUGGUAAUUGAAGCUUGAUCAGGGAUUCAAUUGAAAUCCAAUCCUUUAAAGAAUUUCUUGUUGCCUCAGUGGGGCACUGUUGACUGUUGUUGUAACUUCAAAUUGGUGCAGCAAUUAAGGAAACAGCAGAUCAUGUUUGAAGAUCUCGGAAUUGGUUUGGCUAGCUAGCUGCUGAUUUUGCUAUCCCUGACACUAAACUUCUCAGGAUUUCUCCAUUCACCACUAUUUCUUGCUGUCUUUCUUGCUAUGAUCAUUAAUGCAUCAAUAAAAAUGUUGUUUUACAA